UGAGUUUGCGAUAUAAAGGUUGCUACGCCACACGUUUCAAUGUCACAGCGGUAUUUGUUUUCUUAGGACGGAGUGAAGGUUACCUGCUUCAACAGUGCUUGAACGGCAACCAACCCUCUGUCUCUUAACACACUUUAAUCCACUGUCAUAUUCAUUAUUUUUAUUCUCGGUAAUUUAUCCUGGAGUGAUCUAUUUAGCCGUAAUCUGAGAGUCCAGCUCGCCACGUUGGUGUUUAACUAGCUGUUAUCUCUGCUGAGAGACUCUGCGACGAAAUCGUCCGCUUUACACGAAUAAUACUCAAGUUUAAUCUUCGGACAGACAACCAGAAAACCGAGCAUAAUGAGCUCCCAAGUGAGACAGAAUUUCCAUCAGGACUGUGAGGCCGCCAUCAACCGGCAGAUUAACCUAGAGCUGUACGCUUCCUAUGUCUACCUGUCCAUGUCCUACUACUUUGACAGGGAUGACCAAGCUUUGCCCAACUUCGCAAAGUUUUUCCACAAGCAGUCUCAUGAGGAGCGAGAGCAUGCUGAGAAACUGAUGAAACUUCAGAACCAGAGGGGAGGAAGGAUCUUCCUGCAGGACAUCAGGAAACCAGAGCGUGACGAGUGGGGCAGUGGUGUAGAGGCCUUGGAGUGUGCCCUGCAGCUGGAGAAAAGCGUCAACCAGUCUCUGCUGGACCUGCACAAGGUCGCCUCUGAACGCAACGAUCCUCAUAUGUGCGACUUCAUUGAGACACACUACCUGGACGAACAGGUGAAGUCCAUCAAGGAGCUGGCCGACUGGGUGUCCAACCUGCGCCGCAUGGGUGCUCCUCAGAACGGCAUGGCCGAAUACCUGUUUGAUAAGCACACACUGGGCAAAGAGAGCAGUUAAAGCUCCCGUCCCUAUCUCCCCUAGCCGCCUGCUUACCUUCCUCAAUCCCUCCUUAUUCCAUCCAGCAGCUUUUUCUGUCUGGCUGGUCCACCUGUUCAGACAAUUGUACUUGUUGAAAAGCUUUCUUCUAUAUUCCUGCCUCAAUACUAUACUUCCCACAAGCCAUUGCCUGCUUGCCUCGUAGGCUCGUCCUUCACUUUGCCUGUGUGUGCUGUGUGUCUUUUUAUUAUGGAAGUUAUUACAAUUAUAACCAAAUAAAAUGGAAACCUCUGGAUUCUGGAAAAAA